AUGUCAGGCGCCGAGCUCAUAGCCGUCCUCAGCAUCGGCGCUUCAGUCAUUCAGGUCAUCGACGCCUGCAACAAGCUCGUUGAUCGCAUCAAACAGUACCGCGGCAAUGCCGCCUUCGUCAGGCUGCGGUCGCAACUACAACUGUUCGCCAGCAACAUCAAAGCCCUCGACAAGACGGCAACACGAGCCGGAGAUGGCUCAGAGGAAGAGGAGGCGCUGUUGCACGAGGUUCUCGAGAGCUGCAAGCUCCGCAUAGAGGAAUUGGACAGCCUUGUCGCGUCCUUGGUGCCUGGUCCAAAUUCUUCAACGUUCAGCAAGACGAUGAAUGCCGCUCGGGCGUUUUUCAAGGACAGUCGAGUGAAAGCGAUUCUUGACGAUCUGAACGACUACCGAGAGGUCAUCCUCCUUCACAUCUGCCGCGAGACGGAACAAAAUACCCGAAAGUUGCUAUUCUUGUUUGAGGAGCAGCGUUUGGCCAGGGAGGCGCAGGAAAGCCAACAAACGAUGCAGCGAACGCCGGAUCCAAGUGCAGCCGUCACUCCCUCUAUGGCGCAGGACUUCCUUCCGAACGUAAGGCGUAACGCUCGUCGGCAGAGUACAGACAAUGGAAGACUCUGCGCCAUAGGCGAGUGUCCCUGCCGUUGCCACAGAGUGGUUCGCCGCAUACUGAGCAUUGUGCCGGCUGCUCAGCCCAUCACCUGCAACUGUUCCGGCCGGCGAUAUGUCGAAAGCGUUACAAUCCUUGGGAAAUGUGUUCAACUCAGUCUUGGGGCAAGCUGGGCCAACGGCCUCUCACUUGCGUGCUUUCUUCAAUUAAAGAACAUUGUCAAACGGGGCUACCCAGGGUUUACCGCUAUCGACCGAUGCCUCGCCGACGAGAUCACCUUCGAGGAAACUCUGGUGGAGUUGAAAACUCUUCGCAGUUGCGGUGUCAUCGAUUUUGAAGACUCGACAGAAUUCGGAGCUGGUUACCUCGAGGUGCUGUACGACCGAUACAAAACCUCAGCGAAUCAUCAGUCAAAAGUCCGAUUGGCAAAGUUCUUAACUGAACAAGGGGUUACCUGGAAAGGCACAGGGGAUUCCAUCUUCACAAUUGUCCAUGGAAAACUUGAUCUGGAACUUCUAAGGUGCCUGCCACCAAUUGACUACCCGAAUACAAUCGGGUUUCAUUGCCAUUCUACCGACUAUUGGCUAUUGAAAAUGUUCACAGAAGUUUCCCGCUCUCAAAUCGACAUUGGACAGUACCAGCCAUUACACGAAGCUGUUGCCAUUGGCGCAUUGGAUGAGGUCAAGAAGUAUCUCAAGAGAAACCAGCAGUUAGACCUGACCCAAAAUUUUCUAGGGCAAACGGUCCUCCACUUGGCGGUACAGUGGCCACCCGUACUAGAUUUGCUGCUGAAAAGUGGCUACAAAAUUGGGAUCAACUCUCGAGGCUUCGACGACACAUCCCCGCUUUGCUGCGCACUCCAAUAUGGUUAUCUCGAUUCCAUCACUAUACUCGUUGAAGCGGGAGCAAAAUUUCCUCCAGCCUGUCCACAGAAUUGGCCCUAUCUACCCUCUCUAAACCCUGCAUUAACAGCUUCAGAUGAAAGGCCACUUCUCCAUCUCGUAGAUUGUUUCAUGCAGAAGCUCUCGCCGUCAAGAUUUCUCGUUGAUGUCGUAGAGCCCUUGCUAUUCGCUAGAGUUGACCUCGGUUCCGGGAACCUGAAAGCGAUCGACCAUCUCCUAUCAAGGAUGACAGCUUCUGCUGGUGAACACCCGCAUGAAUUCAAACAAAUGGGCUUUGACCCUUUGCAUUAUGCGACAUCUUCGCAGCAUGCACAAUCCCUUCUCGGCUAUUCCGGCUUCAACAUCAAUGCAUCAUCAAGUGAGGAAGGCUAUACGCCUUUGAUGAUCUUUGCCUGGUUUUUGGACCCCGAGUUGAUGCGAAAAGCUCUGGUCAAAGGAGCGCGAAUCAACGACACUGACUGGAAUGGUCAAACUGCCCUUCAUCACACAUUCAAAGCGGUCUACUAUCACAGAGAACUUCACAUGCCGAUCAUUCGGUUUUGGGACAUCCAGAAUUUCACCCGAAUGAUGGAGACGGUGGCAGUUCUUUUUCUAGCGGGCGGCAACCUGACCCAAAGAGAUAACUGCCGAUGCUACUGCUCGCCUCAAGGCUGCUCACCAAUGAGGGCACUCGUUUCGACAUGGGCUCUCAAAAGAAACUUCAAUAUCUGUCUCGUAUGGAUUCAAGAGCUAUUCAUAAUGCUUGAACUAUGCGGGAGAAACGAAGUCAUCUUAUCACUCAUCGAAGAGCUGGACAGGUUUCAACGGAGUGAAGAGAUUGGGAUAACACACACGUGCUGCUACAUGUUAACCCACGAGGAAUUCUCGUACGAGGCUCCAUUUGAUGAACCAUGCGCAAGAAACGGGCAGCAACGGAGAAACUACUGGCAGCAUCGUCGCCAAAGAAUGGAGUCGGUAUACAAAGAUUGGGAGGAAAUACGUGAAGAAGAAGAUGAACUAAGCUCCCGCCUUGAGCAGGAUCGCCCGCUAUCUGAAGGCCACUGGGAGGCUCGGCUGACCAAACUUCUAGCACGAAGAGGCGCUAUGUUGGAUUAUGUGGAAGCGAGACGCAGGAAUGAUUUCGAUCCAUCUGAACCACUGAAGUUGGAGCUCAAUGUUGUAAACUUUGUGAUGAGCAUGGAAAAAAGCCAAGGGUACAUGUCAUCAGUCAUUCCGAGCGGUGAUCACGAACGUUGGGUGCAACAAAGGAGACGACUAUCAACACUUUUAAUUGACGAGUAUCGGCAAGUCAGACCAACUAUACAUGAAGAUCACGACUGGGACGUAGAAGAUUGGACGCCCCCUUCUCAAGGAAUUACAUUCAGGAAGUAUGGAUUCAGUUGUGGGGUUAGACAUAUGCAGUGGCGAGAAUGA